UUGCGCUGGCGUUAGAGGUACCUGUACCAUCACUGAACCGAUGCGAUAUGGACCAAAAGAGAGGCCAAACAAGAGAGGGAGACGAUACUUGUGAGCUGAGAAGAAUGAUAGUGGAGCCGAGAGGCAAGAUUAAUCUAGGACAUGAGCUUUCGAUUUAGGUAGGGGGACCAAGCGUACAGAUAAUGAAUCGGACGGAGACCUGAAUCAUGAAACCGUUACUUAUACCAUUGAGAACCUUAAUCGAUGGCAGCCGAUCCUCAGAGGAAGAGAGGCCUUGGCUUGAGACCUAUAGGCAUUUGGAGCCUCAGAGGACUGACUUGGCCAAAAUGUUUUGGAAUGAGACGCACAGAAGGAAAGGUAACCAAAAGAGACCUGGGAUGUUGCGCUGACGCUAGUGAUAACUAUACCGCCAUUGAACUGUUG